CCGAACGGAGAGAUGGGACAGGACUCAUCAAUCCCGCGAUGGUGCGGGGGGGGGGGCCGAGGCUGACAUGCCACUGCAAGAGCGGGUGUGAUUGCGAGAACAGGUGUGGAAUGAUUGUGGGAGCGAAUGGAAGAUCAGCCCCAUUGAUAUCAAUGAACAACUAAUCACAACCAAAGACAACUAAUCACAACCAAAGACAACUAAUCACAACCACCACAACUAACCACAACUAACCACAACUCAUCCGAUCGGUGCGAGUGCGUUCAGUCCAGGCAGGCGGGCCCGCCCGGCCACAUCCGCCCUUCGGUUCAUCUUGCCGCUUGAUCCAGUCGCCGCUCGCAGCCAUCCUUCGCUUCGAUCGCCUUUCCCGGCCCUCGGCAGCCGCAACGCAACCUCCUCUCUGCCGUCACCGCUGCAAUGGCUCCCAUCGGCGAACUCCUUACCGCCGUCAACUUUGCUGCCAUCAAGCAUCGCUCGCAGUUGCGCAAGGACGGCCACACGCCUUACAUCAACCAUCCCGUCGGCGUCGCCUAUAUCCUCCUGCACGAAGGUGGUGUCGAGGACACAGCGACUCUUCAGGCCGCCGUGCUCCACGAUACUGUCGAGGAUACUGAAACCUCCUUCGAAGAGCUCGAACAGGUUUUUGGACACGAGGUCAUGUCGAUCGUAAAGGAAUGCACUGACGACAAGACCCUGCCGUCGGUCGAUCGCAAGAGGCUCCAGAUCGAAACCGCUUCGCACAAAUCGCCCAAGGCCAAGCUGGUCAAGCUCGCUGACAAGCUGUACAAUCUGCGAGAUCUGCAGCACACGCCGCCAGUCGGUUGGGAUCAGAAGCGAGUUGCCGAGUACUUUGCCUGGGCCAAGAAAGUCACCGAUGGGCUCCGAGGAUCAAACUCCAAGCUGGAGCUUGCUCUCGACAACAUCUACAGCCACGGCCAGUUCACUUUCGAAGGCCAGAGCUACCCGUGUAUUGCAAAGUCGUGAUGGCUGCUGCAGAUCUCUGGCUCAGCGUGUUCAAAUACAAUCGAUACACCUGUU